AUGGACAGGAUGAUAGGCAUGUUCGCCGCUAAGGGCUUCUCCAUUCAAGAAAUGGUUUCGUUGGUCGGCGGGGGCCACACCAUCGGAUUCGUCCAUUGCACCGAAUUCGGACACAGGAUAUUCGGGAAAACUGUGGAUCCUAGCAUCAACCCUAAGUUGGUGGAGGGAUUGAAGAAGAUAUGCGCGAAUUACCUUCAGAACCAAGCGUUGUCGGCGUUUUUGGAUGUGAUGUCACCAGGGGUGUUUGAUAAUACCAUCUUCAAGAACUUGCAGAAGGGAUUAGGGGUUAUGUCAUCUGAUCAGCUCAUGUUUUUGGAUCCAAGAACAAAGCCAUUUGUGGACAAAUAUGCAGCUGAUGGUAAGGCAUUUUUCAAUGAUUUUGCCAAGGCCAUGGAGAAGAUGAGUGUUUAUGGAGUCAAGACUGGACGUCAAGGGGAGGUCAGGAAGAGGUGUGAUGCUGUCAAUGCAGCUUAA